AUGGCUGCGCAGGCUACGUUCAAGAGCAUCAAGGCGGUUGUUCCCCUUCUCGACCGCGUCCUCGUCCAGCGCUUCAAGGCCGAGACGAAAACCGCGACGGGCAUCUUCCUGCCUUCGUCCAGCACGAGCUCGCCUCUGCCCGAGGCAACCGUCAUCGCUGUCGGCCCUGGCGCACCCAACAAGGAGGGCACCAUCGUCCCGACGAGCGUCAAGGCCGGUGACCGUGUCUUGCUGCCCGGCUGGGGCGGCAACCCCAUCAAGGUCGGCGAGGAGGAGUACCACCUCUUCAAGGACUCCGAGAUUCUUGCAAAGAUCCAGGAGUAA